AUGGCGGGAACUGUGAAUUCUAAUGAUCUGCUGUUACAUGUAGCUGUGAAGGCAGUUCCUGGCUCACCAUCUAGUGCUGAGAUGAGUGGUGCUGAUGCUAAAGAAGAAGAGGAAAAAUCUGAGAUAUAUAGUAAUAACAUGACAGAAGCUAUGGGAGCUGUUUUGACCUAUAGGCACGAACUAGGAAUGAACUAUAACUUCAUUCGUCCAGAUUUGAUUGUGGGAUCAUGCCUACAGACUCCUGAAGAUGUUGACAAGCUUAGAAAAAUUGGAGUCAAAACCGUGUUUUGCCUACAACAGGAUUCAGACUUGGAAUAUUUUGGGGUAGAUAUCAGUGUCAUUCGAGACUAUGCCGAGGCCUGUGAUGACAUUCAGCAUUUGCGUGCGCAGAUAAGGGAUUUUGAUGCAUUUGAUUUACGGAUACGGCUUCCGGCUGUUGUCAGCAAACUAUACAAAGCCAUAAACCAAAAUGGAGGUGUGACAUAUAUACAUUGCACUGCAGGACUGGGAAGAGCGCCUGCUGUUGCGAUGGCAUACAUGUUCUGGGUUCUGGGAUACAAGCUCAGUGAAGCUCACGAUUUGCUUCUGUAUGAGAGCAAACGCUCGUGCUUCCCAAAAAUGGAUGCUAUCAAAAGUGCAACUGCUGAUAUACUUACAGGCCUUAGAAAGAAGCUUGUUACUUUGAAAUGGAAAGACAACAAUUAUUCUACGGUGGAAAUUUCUGGGCUUGACAUUGGAUGGGGCCAGAGGAUACCUUUAGAAUUAGAUGAGGAGCAGGGUUUUUGGAUUCUCAAGAGAGAAUUGCUGGAAGGACGCUAUGAGUACAAGUACAUUGUUGAUGGCGAGUGGACCGUCAGCAAAUAUGAGCUGCUUACCACUGCCAACAAAGAUGGUCAUAUAAACAAUUAUGUUCAAGUUCUUGAUGACGAUACAGACAGUGUUAACGCUGCACUUCGGAAGACGUUGACCAGUGAUGAUCCUGAUCUAACAAGAGAGCAACGACAGAAAAUUAGAAUGAUUCUGGAAACUUUUCCCGAAGAUGAGGUGUGA